UCGCUAAACAAAUUCACGGUCGUUGUACUGCGGCAGCCUAGCUCGUCUGAAUGCUGCGGGAGUAGGGAGAAAGCAGUGCGAUCAGCGUUUGGGAGAUAAAUGGAGGUUUAUUUCGCGACAUUUGCAGUACUCUUAUAAAAAUCAUGCAGAUGGCGAAGGAUCAAGAAGUUGAGCGUAUUGCCAAAAAGCUAGACAAGAUGGUCAAUAAAAAAAACACGGAUGGAGCUGUGGACCUGCUGAAAGAACUAAAAAAUAUAAAAAUGUCAUUAGAGACGUUGCAGUCUACAAGGAUUGGGAUGUCUGUUAAUGCGGUGAGAAAGCAGAGCAAUGAUGAAGAAGUCCAGACUUUAGCCAAAUCUCUCAUUAAAUCGUGGAAAAAGCUGCUCGAUGGUUCUGAAAACAAAUCGGAUGACAAGAAAAAAGAGUGUUCUUCAUCUUCGUCCUCUUCAAGGAACAUUGUGGAAUCCAGUGACCAGAGCAAAAAUCAAGAAACGCCAAAGACCCCAACUACUCCAACCACUCCAAAAAUCACCACUUUCCCCCCGGCACCAGUGACCACAGACAGUGUGCGCAACAAAUGCAGGGAACUACUGGUAGCAGCUUUGCAGACAGAUGAUGAUUAUAAAGCAAUUGGAACUGACUGUGAGCACUUGGCGGCACAAAUUGAAGAUUGUAUCUACAGAGAGUUCAAAUCCACAGACAUGAAAUACAAAAGCAGGCUGAGGAGCAGGAUUUCCAACCUGAAGGACCAGAAGAACCCGGAUCUGAGGAGAAGUGUCCUGUGUGGGAGCAUCUCUGCAGAGCGCAUCGCUACCAUGACCGCUGAGGAGAUGGCCAGCGCGGAGCUGAAGGAGAUGAGGAAGGCCCUCACCAAGGAGUCGAUCAGGGAGCACCAGCUCUCCAAGGUCGGAGGCACGGAGACGGACAUGUUUGUGUGUGGGAAGUGUAAGAAGAAGAACUGCACCUACACCCAGGUGCAAACCCGCAGUGCAGAUGAACCUAUGACCACAUUUGUUGUGUGUAACGAGUGUGGAAACCGAUGGAAGUUCUGUUAAAGCUCAGAAGAUUUUGUGAAUUCCAUGCAAGAUGUUGGGAUUUGGAAACUUCAAUACGAUAUAUUGUUUUGCUACAAAUACAGAAAUGAUUUUUGAAAAGUCACUAUGAAGAGCAUUAUAUUGUUUUUUUUACAAAAUAGGAUCUAAAGU